UUACUUUUCUCCAUCGCACUGCGCUUCGCACGUUUCUUUCGGUUGGCAAUUUUGUUGUGUGUAACUGUUCUUUUCCGGGUGCAAAACUCUCUCUCCUAGGACUUUGGGGCCUUGACUCCCCUAUUUCACAGUUCCUAGCGGUUCCCAGAGGGGCGUGUGGCACGGCUGAUAAGUUAUCAAGUUGUGAUCGACUGCAGUGCUGUGUUUGUUAUUUUUCGCUUGAUUUUUGUUCGUAUUUCACGCGUAAUUGUUCACACUCGAUUGGUGUGGCCGUUCGUAGAGAAAUACUGAAAAAUACUGAGCGAGGUAAUCAACAGCUGUUCGGCGGCGCAAACCAACCCUGUCCUCCCAGGGCUGCAUUAGCGGCGCAGAUUUUUCGGCGCGUGCAUUUUAUAAACAACAAUUUCGGCAAAUAACCAGGUUUUUGAGCAUGUUCGACGUGGAACCCAUUAUUGCCGACCACAAGGACGUAAUACACGAUGUGGUCUUCGACUAUUACGGCCGCCGUAUGGCCACUUGCUCCAGCGAUCAGACAGUAAAGAUCUGGGAUGAGGACGGGCAGGGCAAGUGGAGCGUCACCAGCAGCUGGAAGGCCCACUCCGGCUCCAUUUGGCGCGUGUCCUGGGCGCAUCCGGAGUUCGGCCAGGUGGUAGCCACCUGCUCGUUCGAUCGCACCGCCUCCGUUUGGGAGGAGGUGAUUGGCGAUAAGAUCUCUGCCAGCAAUACCCCAUCCCGGCGAUGGGUGCGCCGCACCACCCUGGUCGAUUCGCGGACCAGCGUCACGGAUGUGGAGUUCGCGCCCAAGUACCUGGGACUCCUGCUGGCCACCGCCUCCGCCGACGGCAUCAUCCGCAUUUACGAAGCCCCGGACAUCAUGAACCUUUCGCAGUGGCCCGUGCAGCACGAGAUCGCCAACAAGCUGCCGCUGAGCUGUUUAUCCUGGAACACGUCCACAUACAUGGUCACCCAACUGCUGGCGGCCGGCAGCGACGAGGCGGCCACGCCUACCGGGAAGGUGUUUUUAUUUGCGUACAGCGAGAAUGCCCGAAAGUGCGUGAAAAUCGACACUGUUAAUGACAUAACUGACCCCGUUACGGAUGUGGCCUUUGCUCCUAAUGCCGGAAGGACCUUCCACAUGCUGGCAGUGGCCAGCAAGGAUCUCUACAUUGUAAACCUGCGGGGCGUGACAGAUGCCACUGGCGUUUCGAAGUUGGACAUCCAGACUAUCAAAUUCAGUGAGCACAUGUGUCCUGUGUGGCGCGUCUGCUGGAAUAUGCUGGCCACCAUGUUGAUCUCCACGGGCGACGACGGCUGCGUGCGUCUGUGGCGGAUGAACUACAACAGGCAAUGGCGAUGUGCCGCCGUGCUCAAGGCGGAGGGCAGUGGACCCACCUACGAGCCAGCUCCGCCCACUCCGACCCUGGCCACCACAGCCUCGGCCACGGCCAAGUUCUACAAGAAGGGCACCAUCGGCAACCAGGUGCCAUGGCACUGAUCUUGUACUUAACAUUUAGAGUCCCGAAUAAAUUCCUAAGCUAAA